AUCAAUCUUUCCGUCCAUCCCAUAGUCAUCGAUAAUCAAUUAUUCCAUCCAUCACCUACUUUUUCCAUCACUUGAAAUUUCCCUCCGACGACGUUCCUUAGGCACCCGAGGUGUGAUAUCUUCUGUCCGAAUUCCGUUUUCUUUUACUCCGCAAACCGAUCCCAUUCAUUCCAGGAAUCGUCAGCCACAAUGUUCAGCAGACGCUACGAACCAUCACAGAGUGUGAACAAGAGUUUCUCAAAGAGCCACAAGGCAUCUAAAUCUAGCUCAUCAUUCAGCAAAUCCAGCGGCGUUUCGAAACAUCGCCAUGAAUCCCGCCACAGCCGAAGACCAACAACCGCCACUACGACCACGAGCACUGCUACCGAGGAUACUUCCAUGAGCAACAACCUCACCUCCGCAAUCGUAACUCUCGUCGUCGGCACAGAACAGCGCCUCUUCGCCGCCCACGAAGACGUCCUUUGCGCAUCGCCCUUUUUCCAAAACGCCCUCCGCGCCAACCUUUACGGCAGCCCCGCCGACGUCGUCGGCUCCCCGGCCUCCGUAGCCUCCUCCUCGGCCGCCCCGACCAAGCGCAUCGCCCUCCCCGACGAGGAGCCCGAGAUCUUCUCGUCCGUGCUGGAGUACCUCUACAAGGGCGACUACUACCCGCGCUUGGUGCACAACAAGCGCCGUAACUCGUGGGAGAUUGAGGCCCUCAGCAGCAACGGAGAAAACGGCCGCGGCGGCGUCGAGUCGACCGUAUACCACCACGGUGUCGACGGCGAUUUGCUCAAGGACACUGUGAUUUACUGCGCUGCGGAGAAGUACGGUCUCGAGGAGCUCAAGAGGGUUUCGCUGAGGAAGCAGGGUCUUCAAUCCGGCAUCCAGUGCAGCACCAUCCUGGCGUCGGCCCGAUACGCCUAUGCCAACACGCCUGAUAGUGACUCGAAGCUGCGGGCGCACUACCUCGCCCUCAUCAUCCGCAGCCGAAGCACCUUCAAGCGGAGCGGCACGAUGCAGCUGGAGAUGUAUAACGGCGGCACCCCGCUCUUCUUUGACCUCUUUGUCGCGCUCUGCAACCACGUCGACGACAUCUCGACCGUGAACUCUCCUCGCACACCUCGUGGCGGCCGUUUCUAAGGGCCACAACUUCACCCUUUUCCCAUUUCCUACACCUCGAACCUUCUCAUCUCAGCCAAGGACGAAUGAAUACCCGGCUCAUCAUAACUAAUGACUUUACGUUCUCACGCAAUCUUGCCUUCCAUUUUUUUCUCAUCUACUUCUCACUUUCUUUCACCACUGAUUAUCGCUGAAACGGGCGAAUUUUAGCCUGCUGGACUCGCAAAACCCGCAAAAUACCAUAAACAUCAGGGCGUUUGAAAAUCCAUUCCACUGAAUCGGGAUGGUUAUGGCGUUUGGGGACAACAUUUUGUAUUAUUUCUGCAAAUUCGCCUGGCAUCUCUUGCUUGCCUUCUUGACUUAACUUCUCACGAGAAACCCUUGUACAUUUGUUUUCUUACUUUUGGCGAGACGAUAACUCCAUGAGAGUGGGAAAAUCUCGAGAGGCGGUUUCUUUUCAGGCAGGAAAACUUGUCUCUUGUUCGUCUUCCGUGUAGAGGCGAUUGAGAAAUACGAGACCCGG